AUGGUUACAAGCAGAUUUAUAUCACUACUGCCAUAUUUGAUUCUACUAUACCAGCUACAGCUGUCUGAUGCCCCCAUGGUAAAUUCAAAACACACUCAGGCUGGAAACUCAGGUCAUGAUGUCAACAGUCCUCAGAAUGAAUCACAUAAUGGAAUAAAUUUUGAAAAUUCACAGUUCACCUUUGUUCCUCCUCCAAUCGCUAAUCCAGGAAGCCAUCCAAACUCAGCUUCGCACACUCCAAAUUUCUCAUCACCUGUCUUUGCAAACCCCAACAUUGCAGAACACCAUCAGAAUGCCCCACAAAAUUUCCCCCCUCGUAUUCCAGGGCCUCAUCCUGGAAUUAUUUUUUCUAACCCGAUGGCAAUGCCUCCGAUACCUUUUAUGCCAGGAUUUUCCAGCAUUACUUCUUCAGUAAAUACUGGGAACUCGGCACCUCCGAGACUUUCACCUGAAUCUGAUAAUUUUGGAAACGCAACAAUACCAAAUUAUGACCAGCGGAUUUCUGAGCUCGAAUUAUCAAAGGCCGCUCAAGAAGAAAAGAUAGUAAAUCUUGAGGCUGAUUCAGAAACAAAAAAGGGAACAAUUGAUGGCUUGCUAAAAAUCAAUAGCCGCUUACAGAAAAAAUUGCAAGAAAUUAUGGAUUCCCAUGCCAAAGCAACAAAGGCUCUUACUGAUUUCAAGCUUGAAGCUGCAAGGCCACGACCUAGCCGACCUAUUCCACAACCACUAACAAUGGAGCCACAGGUUGUGGUGCCUGUAGUAUCAAAACCAGAAACAGUAGUAUCACCAGCAACAACUAAGACUUCUAAUGAAGAUGUUAAUAAACUUCAAGAAAAGCUUGUUGAGAAUGAAUCGAGACUUAAAAUUUUAAAACAACAAAAUGAAUCAACCCAGCAAAUGAUGAAUGAGCUUCGAAAAAAUGCGUCAUCUAACUUGGAGAAACUUAAUCAACAGUUUGAUUUAAACGAUCGUCUUACAGAGGAUCUUCAAGCUCAUGAGUCAAAGAUCAAAGAGUAUGAGGAUUAUGUUGAAGAGUUACAAAUUUCAAUUACAGCCCUAAGAGAGCAACUAGAUAUGGCGCGAAACCUCAAGCUGGAAGAAUUUAAAGAAGCUUAUGAACAAGGUCGUUUAGACAUUAGAGAUUUUUCAGAUGAAGAAGAAUAUGAAGAAGAAUAUAAUCAAGAAACUCAAGAUAUCAAAGGAAAAGGAGUUUCCAACAAUAAGGAGGGAAAUAUGUAUUCUGUUCUUCUUGGUGGCGAUGAUGCUGCUUCUGAUAUUUCCGAUAUCUCGGAUGACGAAGGUUCUGUUUCCAAUGCGGGUUCAAUUAAAAUGAAAAAGCUUGUCGAUAAGGUUACUGAAGAAGCCAAUACUUUGAAAACUAGAUUAGAAAAGGAACAACAAGAGCACAAGAAAAUAGUUGACGAGCUCGAAAAUAAACAAAAGAAACUUGAAGAAUCUCUCAAGAAUUCGAUAGAAACUAGUCGUUCUUCAGCCACUGAAACCAAUAAAGCUUUAGAAACCUUGGAGAAGAAUCUGAAAAAGUGUGAUGAAGAUUACAAAAAUGCAACUGACCGUAAUACCAACUUAUCGAAGAUUUUAAAACUAGUUGAGAAGAAUGUGUUGUUACCUGUUGAAGACUUGACCAAAAGUUUGGAUACAAUUAAAAGUAUUGGAAAUGCUCUUGGCUCAGCACCUGAACGGGCUUCGACCUAUAAGUCAUUUGAAGCGCGUGUCAAGUUUAUCGAGGGUGUUUUAAACAAGGUCAAGAAGGCUAUUGAUAUUGCCAAAAAAGGAUCUGCUGAUGAGCUUCAAACUCUUAAAACAGAUUUGAAAGAUAGCUUAGUUGAUUUCAGCGAUUACCGAGGAUUGAAGAUGAAUAAUGAAAUUAAGGGUCUUCGCACCACCUUGCAUGAACUUCGACGCGCUUUACACAAAGCUACCAAUGCGAGACCAACUGCUUGCAGUCAUCACACGCGUUCCAAGCUACGUGAAAAUAAAACAGCAGUGAUACAUAUCAAGAGUGCUUCAUGUAUAAUCGGUGAUGCCGAGCAUUUAGCCCUCCUACGAAAAAUGUUUGACUCUCUUUUGGAAGAUAAAGAAGAAAUCAAGUCAGUCAAAGUGAUUUCUCAAGCUAAGCACGUUGUUCUAUUGCGUCUUAAUACACUAACGUUUCCUGAGUUGCUAUUCAAGGCCAAAGACCACAGUAAAAUUUUGGAUGCUAUCAUGAUACUCCAUCUGCCUCACUGGAAACAGCUUAUUGUUCACAAUGUGCCUGUGGGACGGUAUUUUUACACAGAUGGUGACUCGAAAGCACAAUCCGAAUCGCAUAAAGUGGUCAUUAGAGGGAACCAGAGUUUUGACAUGGUAGGCAUGUGCAUGCAACUUCAGUUGCUGCUCCAGAAUGGUAAUGUGCGCAAAAAUCAAAACAGCAUUGUUGGACUACCACGAUUUUACAGCCCCUUUGAAUUUUAUGGCGCACGCGACAAGGUGAGCUUAAUUCUAUGUUAUCAGAACGACGUUUUGUUUGAAAACGCAUUGAUGUAUGGAAUCACAAUGUUUGAUGCACCUAUCGUUUUAAAGACUGAACCGGUUAUGGGGCCAUUGAAAAAUGUCUUUUCACAGGCUGGAUUUUUUGCCAUUAUUGAUAGUCUAAAAGAAUAUGAGUAG